CCCAGGAUCGUGUGUGUGGGGCUUGCGCUGUGUUGAGAAGCUGAUCACCGGCCCAUAUGCCCCUUAUUUACUGCAAUGUUCUUUGCAUGUUAUUGUGCACUCCGGACUAACGUGAAGGUGUCAGAAUCUUCUUUAGUUGAUGACAUCAGAAACAAUGGCAGUGAUAAUAUUCCAUUUACUCAAGUUCGAGGAAGAUACAGAAUAGAACCUGGCAUGAAGUAUCGAUACCAAGAUGAGGACGGUCCACACGAUCAUUCCUUACCUCGGCUAACUCAUGAAGUAAGAGGUCCAGAACUGGUGCAUGUGUCGGAAAAGAACCUGUCUCAAAUAGAAAAUGUGCACGGAUACGUCCUGCAGUCGCGCAUCUCUCCUCUGAAGGCUAGCCCUGCUCCUAUAAUUGUCAACACAGACACUUUGGACACUAUUCCUUAUGUCAACGGAACAGAAAUUGAAUAUGAGUUUGAAGAAAUUACAUUGGAGAGGGGAAAUUCAGGCCUGGGAUUCAGUAUUGCUGGAGGGACAGAUAAUCCUCACAUUGGAGAUGACCCUGGCAUAUUUAUUACGAAGAUUAUUCCAGGAGGUGCGGCAGCAGAGGACGGCAGGCUCAGGGUCAAUGACUGUAUCUUGCGGGUGAACGAGGUUGAUGUGUCAGAAGUUUCCCACAGUAAAGCGGUGGAAGCUCUCAAAGAAGCAGGGUCUAUUGUGAGGCUCUACGUGCGGAGAAGACGACCCAUUUUGGAGACUGUCGUGGAAAUCAAGCUGUUCAAAGGGCCGAAAGGUUUAGGCUUCAGUAUUGCCGGAGGGGUGGGGAACCAGCACAUUCCUGGAGACAACAGCAUUUAUGUAACAAAAAUUAUAGAUGGUGGAGCUGCACAGAAAGAUGGAAGGCUGCAAGUAGGGGACAGACUACUAAUGGUAAAUAACUAUAGUUUAGAAGAAGUUACACAUGAGGAAGCUGUAGCGAUCUUGAAGAACACGUCUGAUGUUGUUUAUCUGAAAGUUGGCAAACCCACUACUAUUUAUAUGACUGAUCCUUAUGGCCCACCUGAUAUUACUCACUCUUAUUCUCCACCAAUGGAAAAUCAUCUCCUGUCUGGUAACAAUGGCACGUUAGAAUAUAAAACUUCCCUGCCGCCCAUCUCUCCAGGAAGGUACUCACCAAUUCCAAAGCACAUGCUCGUUGAAGAUGACUACACCAGGCCACCGGAACCUGUUUACAGCACUGUGAACAAACUCUGUGAUAAGCCUGCAUCUCCCAGGCACUAUUCCCCUGUUGAGUGUGACAAAAGCUUCCUUCUCUCAGCUCCCUACCCCCACUACCACCUAGGCCUGCUCCCUGACUCUGACAUGACCAGUCAUUCCCAGCACAGCACUGCAACUCGUCAGCCUUCAGUGACCCUCCAAAGGGCCAUCUCCCUGGAAGGGGAGCCUCGCAAGGUAGUCCUUCACAAAGGUUCCACGGGCCUGGGCUUCAACAUUGUGGGCGGGGAAGAUGGAGAAGGUAUUUUUGUAUCCUUCAUUCUGGCUGGUGGACCAGCAGACCUGAGUGGAGAGCUCCAGAGAGGAGACCAGAUCUUAUCGGUGAAUGGCAUUGAUCUCCGUGGAGCAUCUCAUGAGCAAGCAGCUGCAGCACUGAAGGGGGCUGGGCAGACGGUGACAAUCAUAGCACAAUAUCAACCUGAAGAUUACGCUCGAUUUGAGGCCAAAAUCCAUGACCUACGAGAGCAGAUGAUGAACCACAGCAUGAGCUCCGGGUCUGGGUCCCUUCGAACCAAUCAGAAACGCUCCCUGUAUGUCAGAGCCAUGUUUGACUACGACAAGAGCAAGGACAGUGGGCUGCCUAGCCAAGGACUUAGUUUUAAAUAUGGAGACAUCCUCCACGUCAUCAACGCCUCUGAUGAUGAGUGGUGGCAAGCCAGAAGGGUCACAUUAGAUGGGGACAGUGAGGAGAUGGGAGUCAUUCCCAGCAAGCGGAGGGUGGAAAGGAAGGAACGUGCCCGAUUGAAGACAGUGAAGUUUAAUGCAAAACCUGGUGUGAUUGAUUCAAAAGGGUCAUUCAGUGACAAGCGUAAAAAGAGCUUCAUCUUUUCACGAAAAUUCCCAUUCUACAAGAACAAGGAGCAGAGUGAGCAGGAAACCAGUGAUCCUGAACGAGGACAAGAAGAUCUCAUUCUUUCCUAUGAGCCUGUCACAAGGCAGGAAAUAAACUACACCCGGCCGGUGAUUAUCCUGGGCCCCAUGAAGGAUCGAAUCAAUGAUGACUUGAUAUCUGAAUUUCCUGAUAAAUUUGGCUCCUGUGUGCCUCAUACUACGAGGCCAAAGCGUGACUACGAAGUUGACGGCAGAGACUAUCACUUUGUCAUUUCUAGAGAACAAAUGGAGAAAGAUAUCCAAGAGCACAAAUUUAUAGAAGCUGGCCAGUACAAUGACAAUUUAUAUGGAACCAGUGUGCAGUCUGUGAGAUUUGUAGCAGAAAGGGGCAAACACUGUAUACUUGAUGUAUCUGGAAAUGCUAUUAAGCGGUUACAAGUCGCCCAGCUCUAUCCCAUUGCCAUCUUCAUAAAGCCCAAGUCUCUGGAACCUCUGAUGGAGAUGAAUAAACGGCUAACAGAGGAGCAAGCCAAGAAAACCUAUGACCGGGCAAUUAAGCUAGAACAAGAAUUCGGAGAAUAUUUUACAGCUAUUGUCCAAGGAGACACCUUAGAAGAUAUUUACAAUCAAUGCAAGCUUGUUAUUGAAGAGCAGUCUGGACCUUUCAUCUGGAUUCCCUCAAAGGAAAAGUUAUAAAUUAGCUACUGCACCUCUGACAACGACAGAAGAGCAUUUAGAAGAACAAAAUAUAUAUAAUAUAAUACUUGGAGGCUUUUAUGUUUUUGUUGCAUUUAUGUUUUUGCAGUCAAUGUGAAUCCUUAUGAAUGUACAACACAAACUGUGUGAAGCCAUGAAGGAAACAGAGGGGCCAAAGGGUGGGACAGAAAAGACAUUGCAGUAUGCAGGAAGGCUUUGGUUUGCUCAAAGUACCAGGUGUAGGGAUAGACCUCUGAUGGGCUCUCUGCCCUAGAGAUGGGCAGCCUUCUCACCCCAGCAGAUGUCCAGAGCUGAUUUAGCUGCUGAGCUCUCUGUGUUUUUUGCUUUAAGAAAAGUGGCCAGCACUCAAACCUCGCCAACCUUCCCCUUCCCCACCUCUGUAAUUGGUACAUUCGAAUUUUAUAACUAUGCACAUCCUUUGAUUUCUUAACAAGCAAAGGAAAUAAGGAAAACAGGAAGGGGUCCCUUUGGAGACAACAUAUUGUCAGGGGAGGAUGAUUGCUUAGUUUCCUUGGCUGGCAAGUGCAAAGACAAGCGUGUCAUAAAAUUGACAAGUGUAUGGAGGAUUAAUCUUACUGAGGAGGGGAUUCCAUCUGGCCUAGCUUUAUGAUUGUCAUUGUCUAUUUUGCCAUUUAUAAGCUGAAAGAAAGCACUAAAGAUGAGAA